AUGCCACCAGGCCGCGAUGAUAUUAAUGGCUUACCCCGGGAUAUAUAUACUGGGGUUCUCCCUGUAAUACCGUCCGAUUUAGGCCCGGAUAAUCCGUCUCGUAGUAAUGCCGCAACUGCCGCAUCCGCUGCUGGUGUCCGAGCCUUGAGCGCCCAGGCUAUCGCUUUUUACUUCAGGGCUCCCGUCAAAGCUUUUUUCCGGACUCGAGUUGACUAUCUUGCGUAUGCCCGUAGCGUGCAUCAGGCACAAACACAACUAUUCACCGAAGCUGCUGCUAAUAGUCAUACGGCUUCGAAGCUAGGCCUCACCCUUAAACAAGCAUGGAUGUGGGCACGAGGUACAACACCAGGCUUACUCGCAUCUGUUAUUCGACAACAUGGCUGGAGCGUCAUACCCGAGCAGAUCCUCCCACCUCUCAUAGCAAAUGUUGGGGUUGGGGCGGUAUUGUAUACUAGCUACCUACACAUCUUGGCUCAGCUGCAUGAAGAAACGUCGAGGGCACAGAAGAGAGUAUUUCCCCCACCAGACCCUAUCCACACAUUUACUGCCGGUUUCAUAGCCGGAAGCAUACAAAGUGUUGUUGCAGCUCCGCUUGAUGCCAUCCAAGCGAGAUAUGACCAUCGUGAUCUCAUGUCUGGCAACGAAAAUGGGAAGCCGAGGAGCAUGUGGACGUUCUCGGCAGAGAAGCUUAGGGAAAUAGGACUGCGAGGAGUCUUCGCAGGAUGGGGUUUAUCUUUCUUAAAGGAUAGCUUCGGUAGUGCCAUUUUCUUCAGCACUUUCGAAUAUGUCAAGGCUCAAGGGUUUUACCGCUUCAUCACGUGGUACUAUGGAGGUUUACAUCCCGACGUUGUUGAUGUGUUGGCUCAAAAGAGGCCACCCACUCGCAAGAGCUCGCACGACAAUGCUAUGAAGGAUGGCAGCCGUCCAGUUGUUAUCCGUCCCCACUACGCAAUUGAGCCGAUGUUCCUGCUAUUCGCUGGCUUCACGGCCUCGCUCACUCAGCAGCUAAUUCUCCAUCCGUUAACCCAUAUUCAAGUUGAACACUGGGAUCAUCUGGAAGACCUUGACGCCAAAGCGGCAAAGUUGAAGAAUUCAGAGACUACAAACCCCGAUAAGCCAAAGCGUAAGUGGCGCAUGCUCAGAGCUUAUUAUCAUGCCUACCAAGAAACAUGGAAUAAGUGUAUGGCGGAAGCAACUGCAGAGGGCAUGGGGUUGACACGAUGGCUAUACCGUGGGUUCUGGUGGAAUACUAUCCGACAAGUACCGAGUACUAGUGCCGGUCUAAUCAUCUUCGAGUUAGUCCGACGUAAAUACGGAAGUGGGAAUGAGCCUGUGCGAGUCGCGAAGGACGAUUAUGAAAUUCUUUUAGAAUAA